AUGGAUGACCUUUACGACGAAUUUGGCAACUUCAUCGGCGAAGAGCCCGAGGGGUCUGAAGAAGGAUCUGAGCAGGCCGAGGCCGAGGCCGACAACUAUGGCUACGAUGACGAGGAUGCGGGAGGCGCAGAGGGCGUUGGUCAGGAGUUAAUGGAAAUGGAUGAUGACGGACCAUCGAAUGCUGUGAUCCUUCACGAGGACAAACAGUACUAUCCGACAGCAGCACAAGUAUACGGGUCAGAGGUGGAGGCCCUGGUGCAGGAGGAGGAUGCGCAGCCACUGUCGGAGCCGAUUGUGGCGCCGGUCGAGCAGAAGAAAUUCAGCGUGGAGGAGGCCGAUCUGCCACGCGUUUUCUUCGACCGGGGGUUCAUGACGGACCUGACGAACUACCCGGAGCAGAUACGAAACGUUGCGUUUGCCGGGCAGCUGCACCACGGCAAGACGGCCUUCAUGGACAUGCUCGUGCUGGAGACACAUGAUAUUGCCGAGCGGCUAGAGCAGCGAUCGGGUCGGCGACGAGACGAGCAGUUGCGGUACACGGAUGUGCACAUUCUGGAGCGAGAGCGGGGGGUGUCGAUCAAGAGCGCGCCGAUGAGCCUGGUGCUGCCAACGACGAGAGGCAAGUCGCAUCUGAUCAACAUGAUCGACACGCCUGGCCACGUCAACUUUGCGGACGAGGUGGCAGCAGCUCUGCGGCUGGUGGACGGCCUCUGCCUGGUGGUGGAUGUGGUGGAGGGCGUGCAGCUGCACACGGAGAUGAUCAUACGACACGCGGUGCUGGAGGACCUGCCGCUGACGCUGGUAAUCAACAAGGUGGACCGGUUGAUUCUGGAGCUCAAGCUGCCGCCGGCGGACGCCUACUACAAGCUCAAGCACACGAUCGAGGACGUCAACCGGGUGAUUGCAGAGACGAUGCCAGGGCCGAUCGAUGCGAAGCGGGUAAGCCCGGAGAAGGGCAACGUGCUGUUUGCGUGCACGAGUCUGGGCUGGUGCUUCACGCUGCCGUCAUUUGCCAAGAUGUACGCGGACAGCUUCGGGGCGAUGGACGUGGACGAGUUUGCGCGGCGGCUGUGGGGCGACGUGUUCUUCAACCCGAAGAAGCGGUCGUUUACGCGCAAGGCGGUGGAGGCAGAGGCGAAGCGGUCGUUUGUGCACUUUGUGCUAGAGCCGAUCUACAAGCUGUUCACGCACACGAUCAGCGAGAGCCCGCGCGAGCUCAAGGUGUUUCUGGAGCAGCUAGGCAUCGUGCUGAAGCCGUCGCAGCUGCGGGCCGAUGCCAAGGUACUGCUGAAGCUGGUGUGUGAGCAGUUCUUCGGGCCACCGGCAGCGUUCGCAGACAUGGUGGUCAAGCACGUGCCGUCGCCGGUGGAGGCAGCAGCACGACACCUGCAGCGGUACUACACCGGGCCGCUGGACAGCAGGGUGGCACGGGCGAUGGAGACGUGUGACCAAGACGGGCCGCUGGUGGUGGAGGUGACGAAGCUGUUCAGCUCGAGCGACGCCAAGAGCUUCAACGCGCUGGGACGGGUGCUGAGCGGCAUUGCGCGGCCAGGCAUGGAAGUGCGGGUGCUGGGCGAGGGCUACUCGCUGGACGACGAGGAGGACAUGGCGCCAGCGCGGAUUGCCGACGUGUGGAUCGCGGAGACGCGCUACAACAUCGCGACAGACGGCGUGCCGGCGGGCAACCUGGUGCUGCUGGGCGGAGUGGACAACUCGAUCGUCAAGUCGGCGACGGUGGUGGCACGGCGGUUCGACGAGGACGAGGACGCGUACAUCUUCCGGCCGGUGACGCACUACACAGAAUCGGUCUUCAAGGUGGCCGUGGAGCCGGUCAACCCAUCGGAGCUGCCGAAGAUGCUGGACGGCAUCCGCAAGAUCAACAAGAGCUACCCGCUGGUAACGACCAAGGUCGAGGAGUCGGGCGAGCACAUCCUGAUCGGCACGGGCGAGCUAUACAUGGACUGCGUCAUGCACGACCUGCGGCUGCUGUACGCCGACAUGGAAAUCAAGGUGUCAGACCCGCUGACGCGCUUCUGCGAGACGGUCGUGGACGAGUCGUCGACCAAGUGCUGGACCACCACGCCCAACAAGAAGAACCGCAUCACCAUGGUGGCCGAGCCGCUGGAGGACGGGCUGGCCCGCGACAUCGAGACGGGCGCGGUGCGCAUCCGGGAUCCGGUGCGGAAGACGGCCAAGUUCUUCCAGGACAAGUACGACUGGGAUCUGCUGGCCGCCCGCAGCAUCUGGGCCUUUGGGCCGGAGGAGAACGGGCCCAACAUCCUGCAGGACGACACGCUGCCAGGCGAAGUCGACAAGAAGCUGCUCAGCACGGUCAAGGAGUCCAUCCGGCAGGGCUUCAGCUGGGCUGCCCGGGAGGGACCUCUCUGCGAAGAACGCAAGUUUUUCAAGCUAAUGGACGUGUCGCUAGCCCAGGAGGCCAUCUACCGCGGCGGCGGCCAGAUCAUCCCGACGGCGCGUCGAGCCUGCUACGGAUCUUUCUUGCUGUCAUCGCCGCGGCUGAUGGAGCCGGUCUACCAGGUCUCGAUGACGGGUUCGGGCAGCGCGUCCAACGAGCUCUACAAUUUGCUGUCGCGGCGGCGUGGUCACGUGCUGACCGAUGUCUCGGUAGCCGGCACGAACCUGUCACGCGUCACCGGGCUGCUGCCGGUCAUCGACUCGUUUGGCUUCGAGACCGACCUGCGCAUCACGUCCAAGGGCGCUGCCUUGGUCAGCAUGGUCUUUGACCGCUGGCAGGUCAUCCCGGGCGACCCGCUCGACAAGGACGUGGUGCUGCGGCCGAUGCAGAUGGCUAGCGUGCAGGCCACCGCCCGCGAUUUUGUGCUCAAGACGCGGCGCCGGAAGGGCCUCAGCGAGGACAUCGCCACCGGCAAGUUUCUCGAGCCGGAACUGUACCGGGAGCUGGUCGAGAGCGGCAUCCUCACUGAAGGAUCCUGA